CAAGCCAAUACGAGAGCCAGUCGAGUCGAGACGCUCGGUUUGUCGACUCCUGGUUUCUCUUGCGUGAAAUCACUGUCUACGUUUGUACAUUCUGACCCGAGGAACACCAAAUUCUUCAGAUUUCCGGAACGUUUAUAUUUCGUUAUCAGGAGUUCAAAAUUCGGGUAGCACAAAUUAUUUAUAGAUGACUGACACGUGUAUGCUGUUCAUAUGCUGGACUCCCAUCACCGGAUAAAAAUAGCAAGUAUCGAGAAGCAUUUGUGAAAUACGGGAGUGAGCCAGAGAUAAGUGUCAACAUUACAAAGAAACUAUUGCAAAGCAACAUUUUUCAGUACUUGGUGGAAAAAUUAGUAACUUGAAGUUAAAAUACAGCUUGUAUAAAGUCGCAGGAUAACUCGAUAGAAAUGAAGCUACUGGUGCUACUCAACGUGCUGGUCUCCUGGUGCAGCAGCCAGCUCAUCUAUCCGGACCAACUAGAGAUGAUGAGAACGUCCUCGGCAAGCUCGUUGUCUCACUCUUCAGCAGCUGCUCAGCCCAAGCAGGCGCAGGCGCCUGUUCCCGAGCAAAGCGCUUUCUUGCAAAAUGCGUUUCCGGUUGCUUCGGCCGCAGCUGCAGCACCACUUCCAGCAGCGCAGUCCGCGAUUCCGCUGCAGCAGCCGUGGGACACGCAUGUUAAUGACAUCAUUUCACGGGGCAUUAUGAAAUUCACGCUGGACAUGGAUCACGUAAUUUCCAAUACCAACGAGAAUGUCAUUUUUUCUCCGUUGAGUCUCGCUGGUGCUCUGACCUUGGUUCUUUUGGGAUCCUCGGGCAGGACUUUCGACGAAGUCUCGAGGAUUUUGGGUUUGGAGGCGGGUGUCGACAUCUCGAGGCACUCCGAGGUCGUGCAUCAGAUGUUCGGUGCACUUCUGUCGAAAGUCGAUGUGACGCCGAACUCUUAUGGGCCUCAAACUGCCUUUGCAAGUGGAAUUUUCGUUCAGGAUGGCUACCCGAUCAGACCUGAAUUCAGAGCUAUCAGCCAGAGAGUCUAUAAGAGUGAGGUUAUAAAUCUCGAUUUCCGGAAUCAAGGAGGCGAGGCGGAACAGGCUAUCAAUUCGUGGGUUAAUCAAAGGACCAGGGGAAAAAUUAUGAAUAUACUGAAUGAUGUGCCCAGACCGGAAACCAACGUUAUUAUUGCAUCCGCUUUGUACUUUAAUGGAGAGUGGAAUCAGUACUUCAUUGAUGGCGCAACUAGAAGGAAAUCGUUCACUGUUUCUCCUGGAAAAACCAUCGAGGUAGAUAUGAUGUAUAAUGCCGGCGAGUUUCCUUUUUAUGAAGAUAAACAGUUGCAGGGAAAAAUUGUUAGUUUACCCUACAAGGGUGGCGAUGUGACGAUGUAUGUCGUUCUGCCAAAUUCUAAGGAACAAGGAGCCUUAAGAAACCUCAAGUCUCGCCUAAAUCGCAAUGUCCUAGAAAGUUGGAUCGAUAGCAUGAGAAAUCAGACGUGCAUUAUCGGUCUUCCCCGCAUGAAGCUCUCGAGCACUCUCAGCCUAAGUAAGGCGCUCCAGUCCUUGGGUCUGACUUCAUUGUUCGAUCCUGAAGUGGCAGACCUGAGCAUUCUAUCGCCAGGAUUGGGAAUAAAUUCAGGAUCGUCGAUCCUACAGGCACAACCACAACGACCUGUAAUCCCGCAGCAAAACUUGAAUUCUCAGAGUCCGAGUCAGGACACUUUUAUAUUUCCACGUUUUGGAGAAAACAGCGAAAAUGGCACGAGAUUACCAGGAGCCCCGACAGCCACUUCCACCAAGAAAGACUUCUUCAGGUACGAGGAUAAGGUCGGUCGUUAUCGUGUAGAACAAUGGGCAACUGGGUUUACCAUUAAAAGGAUACGCAGAGCCAUCCGCGAGAAGCAACGUAACGAGCGUCUCCGAGAGCAGGAGCAGGGGGAGGAGGAGAAGAAGAAGGUCGAUAACGUCAAAGCCAAGGACAAACGUGAUGCACCCCUGCGAGAUAACGUUGAGAUCUCUAGGAAGCGAGCAGCCAAUCUGGAUAAACGUUUUGCUGGUCGGACAAAGAGGAGAACCGCAAACUUGGGGCAGGACAACCAUCACUUUGAAGGUCAAGAAAACACUUGGCAACGACACGUGAGACAGGUCAGGCCCAUCGACGGUGACUUCUUAAAAUAUCUAGAAGAUCAGAACGUUCCGUCGUUCGGUCUGGACGCGCUCAGGAUGAGUGCGAGCCUUCGAAAUCCGGGUCUUUAUGCAGAAGAUGUACUGCACAAAGUGGAGAUUGAAGUGACGGAGAAGGGCACCGAAGCUGCAGGUGCAACGUCGAUAAUUCUCACAAAGGACGGUUCUCAGAAGAGGCUCGUUGCCGAUCAUCCAUUCCUGUUUUUCAUACGUCACGAACCCACAAAGCUUCUCCUCUUCUGGGGCACCGUGAAUACUCCAACUCCGAAUUUUCCUCGGAGUUAAAACUGAGUUGCGGAUUCCUUGCGGAACGAAGAGAAAACAGUAACUUCCGAAUUUUUGUCUUUCCCUCGAAACGAGAGGAAACGUAGAAACAUUGAAAAUGGUAGAGACUCACGAACUGGCAUAGCCGCGUGAGUAAAACAGUUUCGUUAUCGAGAACAAGGGCAAUUUAUGACCGCUGUCGUUGCACGUCCACAGUACUGAAAGUAGUGCAACACACCCGAGAACGCACAACGUUAGAAAGCGCGUGUCACGUUUAGUCGGCACAUGCGCCUCUGACCACUAGAAAAAUCGUAUUUCGUCAUAGACGGCGCCAAUCGUCCUAAUGCUUAGCCCCUCUCGGCAUAGAUUUAGUGCAUCGGCAAAAGACUUGCCGCAAAACGAUAGAGAUUCUACUGUGAAUCGUGAAUGCUGCUGGAAGAACUUUUGAAUUCGCCGUAUAUCCUCCCGCCGUGAUUCCCCAUGAAAGAUUACGGUAGGCUCGUAUUUUCGGCCUGAUUGUCGGUACUAUCCGAGCUACGUCAGUAUGUGAGAUAUUCGUGCAAUUAAGUAUGUGAGAAUGUAGCUGUGUGUCUGUAAAAUUGCACGAAAUUGUAAUUACAUUUUGCAUUGACCUACCUGUAUAGACAAAUAGAGACCGUAUAGUCGUAAAAUAAUCGGGAGCUAUGGUAGUAUUACAUGAAAAGUAAAUUAACCUACGCUUCCAUUACUAUCAUUAUUGUUUCUUUAAUUCUUGUCAUUUAAGAGAAAUGCGAUCCGUUGAUGUAUCGCAUCGAAUUUCAAACUAUAUCCUGGCGCUUAUUGCGUUACACAAGAGUUUCUCUCACGUACGUCUGUAUUACUAUGUGGAAUGAGAGUUGAUGGAAUGAUUAUGAUAAUCAUUGUAAAAGAGUGGAGACCUGGAAAAAUUUGGCGAAGUAGAAUCGCGAUAUAUUUACACGGAGUUAAUGAGAUAUCGAAAACGGAGGUGUCCGACCAGUAGACGUGUAUCGUUAAAACCUAUUUAUGUCGAUCGUAUGAUCGACGUCCUCCUCGACGUACGCAAUCAUUGUGAUACCAUAUACUUUUAUUUAUUUCAUAAUAAAUAUGCAUAUACCGUG